AUGCGGUUUACAUUCUUGACGGUAUCCAUCGCUUUGGCGACUCUGGCAAGUGCCCAGCUAGGAAAACUCAAUAACUGCCCUCUCCUGGGACCGGCUUACCCCCCUGCGGAUCUUCAAAGGUCCCGCGCGAUCAAGGACGCUAAAAAGUCAUUUGCGAAGCUUAUCGAUGAUGCCAUCGCGACCGGCGAAACAGAUUUGGGCAAGCUGAACACCGCCACCACCUCAUUCUCAGUCGGUGUUUUCUCGGCGCACUCGGACGAGUUCCUCUACGAGCACCACCAUCGCGGCACUAAGCUCAAUGGCACUCUCGCCGGCGAUGUGUUGAAUGCAGACACGCUGUACCGCAUUGGCAGCGUGUCGAAGCUACUGACCGUGUACACCUACCUCGUCAAACUAGGUCCUGCAUACUGGCAUGAGCCGAUCACCAAGUUCGUUCCAGAGCUGGCGGAGUUUUCGGCGGGAGACAGGGUGCACCGGGUGCAGUGGUCGGAAGUGACACUCGGGGCUUUGGCGGGGCAUAUGGCCGGGCUUCAGCGAAACAGUUUGGGCUUCGCUCAUCCUCAGAAAAUUCUGAGCCGGCAGCUAAUUCUGGUUAGAUGGAUUCGUCGACCUAUCCGGCGUACCUGGAGUUGA